AUGAAUGGGCGUUAUACAUAUGUAUGUAUAUUAAAUAGUGUAAACGAAGGCGGUGAAGUAUCGAGUGAAGAACUCGUGGGGAUAUAUAGUAGUAAUAUGACGCUUGUUUCGAAAGGAAAUGACGAAGGAGAUUCACAUCCAUCGCAAAAGGUAGUCACAACAAGUGUUGAUAUAACGGAUGAGUUUUUCAAGGCAUGCAAAAAAUUAAGCAUUGGAGAAUUGGUGAUGGCUGAGGAUUUCAAAUUAUCUGAAGCAAUGAGCGCAAUAGAGCUUAUGGACCCGAAAAUGGAUGUUGGAAUGAGACCAUUCGAUCCAUCUAUAACUUUUGAAAAUUUGUUAGCUUCUAAUCGUUUAAAUGUUACUAAUAUGGAUGAGCAAGAAUUGAUAGCAACAAUGGAUGCUUUAUUAGCUUCAUUAAUUUCAUGGCUUGAAGGAAAUUCUAUCGCUCAAACUUUAUUAACUUGCGUGUUUUUGAAUCAUAUGGAUCAAGUCAAAGAUAUCGUACUCUCAGCUUUUUCAUAUAGUAUUUUGCAUCUCGCAGCAGUUUUUCGUCAUAUCAUACAGAUGGCAUCUGUUUAUGAAGAAGAAGAUUUUAACGGUUAUGCAAUGCAACUUCAACUAUUAACGCUUCCUAAAUUGAUGAGUUCGUUGAAAGCUGCUGAAUUCGAUUUGCAGAAAAGAAUUAAGCAAAAGCCAGAAAAUCAGGAGUUACUAGAUGCAAUCCUUUAUCGUCUGCAGUUUGUUCGCCUUACACUUCAUUCUUUAAGUACUUUGGUGCAGUUUCCUGCCGUGCAGUAUCAUGCAAGUGAUUCUUCUCGACCAACCUCUCAUAAUUGUUUCAGACCUAAUUUGGAAGAAUGUGCGGUACACAUGAACCUUGUUUGUUUACUUCUGGAUAAAUUAGAAUCAACAGUGUCUUUAGGGUUGCAACCAUUAGGAAAAGAUGAUGAUGACUAUGCUUGGCUACCCGCAUUUGAGCCUGAUAUUAAUAGAAGGCAGCUACCACCUACGUUUCCGCGUAAAACAAAAAUGAGAAGUAGAGUGAAGAGUGUAGAGCUGUUUAAAAAACUUUGUUCGAAAAUAUUGUCGAUUGCUACCGUUUUACCUAUAAAAGUCUCUAAUGUGGAAGAUAUUAUUGAUUAUUUACGAUUAUUCAGUCUGGAAGACAGUUGUGUACUGUCUCGUUCUUUGUUACAAAUGGUUCUAUUUCCUAAUGAUGACAACUUGUUUGGUUACGUACAAUUUUCUGCAAUAAUUAUUGACUCAAUUCGAAUGUUUUCUUCACCGUCAUUUCUCGAUCCAUCGAGCCAAAUGUUCAAUGUGGAACACUGUCGUGAAUGUUGGGAAGAAUUUGUAACUGAUUCAGUAAAAGCAUUUCUUGAAGUAAUUCAGAUGUUUGGGCUUAAUCUUUCUAGACAACGUGAGAAAAUUCUCUUUUGUAUCGAGGAUUUUUCUACACUACAGGCUGAAGCUGAACGAACAGAAAAUGCAUUGGAAUUGUGUGGCUUUCGACAGGAUUCUUCGGAAAAUUUGUCUCUAUCUUCUUUUGUGACGUUACAUUUAUUAUCUCUGAUAAAAUAUCACUUUUAUCUAUCAUUUUAUCUGAAUCUUUUUGUUUCGUUCGAGUACCCAUAUGUUUAUUGGUGUUUAAGCGAAGUAAUAUUCAAGUGGUUGGUAAAUAUGUUAGAUCGUUCUAUUAAUCUUGUGGCUGCUGGUGAAAAAAGAAUAUCGAAGUUGCGUAAAAAAGCGGAGCGUAAAAAAGUAUCGAAAUGUAAAAAGGAAAUUGAAAUGAAGAGAAAAGCAAGUGAGAGUCAAAGGUGUCGAUUGUUCUAUCGUGCACAAGCAAAAGUAGCUGAAGCAUUUUUCAUGGUAGCUGUUGCUUUGAUUACAAUGAAUAAGAUACGAGUGCCUCUGACUAAUAUGGAACGAUUCCGUUUCGAGCAUCGAAUGUUACCCUUUGCUACUCUAAACUCAGUUACUUUUGGUAUCGCACUUUUUGUCGAAUAUGCACAAUACAUCCAUAGUUCAAGAAUAGAGACACUACGGUCGCUUGGAGGAGCUAAGUGUUUUGCAUUAGCAGCAGAUGCAUUUGAUUGGGCUCGAGGCGAAUUAGAAAGUUUAAAUGGUAAUGAUCAAAUUGCUAAAGAAGCUGCUGGUAUUGCUCGGAUAUGUAGAAAUAAUGCCGUUGUUUCACGUAUUAUUUCUUCUGGUAGCAAAAAUGAGUCCCAAGUCAAUUUCGUCGUCAGUAGCGACAUGUUGUGCAUGUAUCCCUUGCUCAAAAUUGUCUGA